CUCAAGUUCCAGGGAAAGGUAUUUUUUGUUCCAUGAAUAACGGUGAUUGCAAGCAAGAAGUUAAUUCACGACUAUGCAUGAAUUGGGUCUUUCUCUAACACCACAUACUCUUUUUUGUAUCCCCCACCCUUCUUCAAAACCGCUCCUUUACUUGCAAAACCAAGCAAAUUUGUCAGUACCCAGUUGCAGAUGUGGCUGUCGCUUCUCUAUGUUUGGCCCGCGACCCUUUGCGCCUCUUCUAAGAUACUACCAGGGGAGGGGGGGCUGUACCGUUCCGAGGGCGAGUCGACGAGAGUCUCCCUAUGAAGUGUUAGGGGUUUCUCCGUCUGCAACUCCUGGUGAAAUCAAAAGGGCUUACAGGAAACUUGCUUUGAAAUAUCAUCCUGACGUCAAUAAAGAGGCAAAUGCACAGGAGAAAUUUAUGAGGAUUAAGCUUGCAUAUAAUACAUUGUUGAAUUCUGAAUCUCAAAGAAGAUUCAACACUGGAAACCGUGCGUCAGACUUUUCCUACUCUGAUACUCAAAGAAGCCAGAGGAAGGAUAGCGAGAAUGAAGAAGAAUUUUAUGGAUUUGGUAAUUUUUUGAGGGAUGUUCAAAUUACAAUAGGGGACUUCUUUAGAGACCUUCAAGAAGAAUUCCAGAAUUGGGAAGCAAGUGCGUCUUCACAAGAAAAGCCAAAGAGCCUGUGGGAGGAAUUAGCGGCAAUUGGUGAAGAAUUUGUGGAAUUUCUUGAAAAAGAACUCAACAUAACUGAUCCAGAUGCUGAAGUAAAUAAAACAGAUAGUGGUAAGUAUAAUGAUUCUGGCAAAACAGGAAAUGACUUUCAAAAUCAAGCUGGAAAGGGGAGGAGCAUCGAGGACAACAUUGAUGAUAUAGAAGCUACUCUUGCUAAGUUAAAAAAGGAACUUGGUUUGUAGUGAGGUGAUGCAGCUUCGUUUUGGAUACGGAUCUUGCUCAUUCAAAGGAGGAGCUCUUUGCUACGUUGCAUACAGAGAAACAGCUGGAUUGUGGCAUCUCAUCAUUUUAACAUUUCUGAAGCUAAUUAGGAAAACCAUCUUUAUGAAUCAAGAAGAAAAUUGGAGAGGCACUUUACAAUUGUGCAAGGACUGGGAUAUACCAACUGGCUAAAUGUCAUGCCCUUUUCUUAAUCUCCUUGUGGGUGGGGAUGCAGCUGUAUAUUGUUACACUUUUCAUUUUAUAUUCUUUUAAUUAAUGAGUUUUAAAAAC